AUGGAUGACCUCUAUGACGAGUUCGGUAACUUUAUCGGGGAGGAGGCCGAAGCUUCUGAGGAAGAGUCCGAGCGCGGCAUUGACGCUGGCAACUACGUCUACGACGAUGAUUACCCCGAGGAGGCGCCCGAGGUGACGGGGCAGGAGUUGAUGGAGCUCGAUGAUGAGGGCCCUUCCAAUGCGGUCGUCCUCCACGAGGACAAGCAGUACUACCCGACAGCGCAGCAAGUAUACGGCCAGGAUGUCGAGACCAUGGUGCAGGAGGAGGAUGCGCAGCCCCUGACAGAACCCAUCAUCGCCCCGGUUGAGCAAAAGAAGUACACGAUCGAGGAGGCCGACCUACCACCCGUAUUCUACGACCGCGAAUUCAUGGCCGAUCUCCUCAACUAUCCCGAACAAAUACGGAACAUCGCGUUUGCCGGCAAUCUGCACCAUGGCAAGACCGCGUUCAUGGACAUGCUGGUCCUCGAGACGCACGACAUCAACGAACGCCUCGAGAAGCGGACGGGAAAGAACAGGGACGAGCAGCUGAGAUACACAGACGUGCACGUCCUUGAGCGCGAGCGAGGACUGUCCAUCAAGUCGGCGCCCAUGAGCCUGGUCCUGCAGAGCACAAAGGGCAAGUCCCACCUCUUCAACAUCUUGGAUACCCCUGGACAUGUCAACUUUGUCGACGAGGUCGCCGCCGGCCUGCGCUUGGUCGAUGGCAUCUGCUUGGUGGUGGACGUCGUCGAGGGUGUGCAAGUCAACACGGAGCAGAUCAUCAAGCACGCAGUGCGCGAAGACAUCCCCAUGACUCUGAUCAUCAACAAGCUAGAUCGGCUCAUUGUGGAGCUCAAACUUCCGCCCAACGACGCCUACUUCAAGUUGAAGCACGCCAUCGAGGAGGUCAAUACAGUCAUCACAGAGGCACUGCCGGCCAAGGCAGAACAGAACCGGCUGAGCCCCGAGAAGGGCAACGUACUGUUCGCAUGCACCGAUAUGGGAUGGUGCUUCACGCUGCAGUCGUUCGCCAAGAUGUACUCCGACAGCUUUGGGGGAGUCAACACGGAAGAGUUCGCUCGGAGACUCUGGGGAGACGUCUAUUUCAACCCCAAGAAGCGCUCAUUCACGAGGAAGGCAGUGGAAGAAGGCGCCAGGCGGUCAUUCGUCACAUUUGUUAUGGAACCGAUCUACAAGCUCUUCUCCCACACGAUCAGCGAGAGCCCUGAGGAUCUCAAGAAGACGCUCGCCAGCUUGGGCAUCUCCCUGAAGCCGUCUCAGUACAAAGCCGACCCCAAGGUAGUCUUGAAGCUCGUUUGUGAGCAAUUCUUUGGCCCCUCGACAGGGUUCGUCGACAUGGUCGUGGAACACGUUCCUUCCCCUGUCGAAGCUGCCGAGCGCCAUCUGCAGAAGAAUUACACAGGUCCACUUGACACCAAGGUGGCCGAAUCAAUGAAGGCCUGCGACCACGACGGACCCCUUGUCAUCCAAGUCACCAAGUUGUACAACACGGCAGAUGCCAAGAACUUUUAUUCUUUUGGCCGUGUGAUGAGCGGCACUGCCAAGGCGGGCGCCGAGGUUCGCGUGCUGGGCGAGGGCUACUCCAUCGAUGACGACGAAGAUAUGGCCAUGGCUACCAUAUCCGAGCUGUGGAUAGCCGAGACCAGGUACAACAUCCCGACGGACGGUGUUCCGGCCGGUAACUGGGUGCUGUUGGGCGGCGUGGACAACUCGAUUGUCAAGUCGGCAACGAUAGUGCAGAAGAAGUUUGAGGAUGACGAAGAUGCGUACAUCUUCAAGCCCAUCUCGCACUUUACCGAGUCGGUCUUCAAGGUGGCAGUGGAGCCGAUCAACCCUUCUGAGCUACCCAAGAUGCUGGACGGUAUAAGGAAGAUCAACAAGAGCUACCCCCUCAUCACCACCAAGGUCGAGGAGUCCGGCGAGCAUAUCAUCCUGGGGACCGGCGAGCUUUACAUGGACUGCGUCUUACACGACCUGCGUCGCCUCUAUGCCGAUAUGGAGAUCAAGGUGUCGGAUCCUGUGACGAGGUUUUGCGAGACAGUCGUGGAGGAGUCAGCAACCAAAUGCUACGCAAUCACGCCCAACAAGAAGAACAGAAUCACCAUGGUCGCAGAGCCUUUGGAGGAUGGGAUUGCACGCGACAUCGAGACGGGCGCCGUCAGGAUCCGGGAUCCAGUUCGGCAAACGGCAAAGUUCUUCCAGGACAAGUAUUCAUGGGAUCUCCUGGCUGCGAGGAGUAUCUGGGCAUUUGGCCCGGAAGAAAUGGGGCCGAAUAUUUUACAGGAUGAUACCCUUCCUGGCGAGGUCGACAAAAAGCUGCUCAAUACCGUCAAGGAAUCGAUCCGGCAAGGUUUCAGCUGGGCUGCCCGAGAAGGACCGUUGUGUGAGGAGCCCAUCCGUAAUACCAAGUUCAGGAUCAUGGAUGUCUCGCUGGCAUCCGAGGCCAUCUCCCGCGGCGGCGGUCAGAUCAUCCCCACGUCGCGCCGCGCCUGCUACUCGUCCUUCCUGAUGGCCUCCCCGCGCCUCAUGGAGCCCGUCUACGCCGUCUCCAUGACGGGGCCGCAGGACUCGGUCGCCCAGGUCUACAACAGCCUGGCCCGGCGGCGCGGCCACGUGCUGCAGGACGGCCCGAUCGCGGGCACGCCGCUGUCGCGCGUCAGCGGCCUCGUCCCCGUCAUCGACUCGUUCGGCUUCGAGACGGAGCUGCGCAUCAUGACGAAGGGGCAGGCCAACGUCAGCCUCGUCUUUGACCGCUGGAACAUCGUGCCGGGCGACCCGCUCGACCGGGAGAUCGUCCUGCGGCCCCUGCAGCCGGCGAGCGCGCAGGCGACGGCGCGCGACUUUGUGCUCAAGACGCGGCGCAGGAAGGGCCUGAGCGAGGACGUCACCGUGGCCAAGUUCCUGGAGCCCGAGUUCUACAGCGAGCUCAUCAGCAGCGGCGCGCUGGGCGAGCCUUGA